GAGGGGGUGAACGAGCAAGUAAAGCACCUCAGUCGUUGUAAAAUAAAAAGGAACAGGAGAAGCGCUCCGCUUUCUCUUCUCCUUCCCUCUUUUUUCGGAGGAGCCAGCGCUGUGAGAAGCAGGGAGGCGAAGAACGCUGGACUGGUUUUUCCCUUCCACCGACAGGGGCGGAAGUCGCAGCUGAAGCCGGCGAAACGCCGUGCCUGUAUAAUCACAGCGCCCAGGCUUCCGAGCCCGACCCAGCUCUAGAUUUGUCUGCGAUCAGGUUUUUCUCCCCGACUGGGAGAGCAACCAGUUUGAGUUAGAGGAAAGGAGGGGUCGCUGUGCGUGCCUUGUCGCUUAAAAAAGCGCCUCCCCUCCCGCCCCGGGCUGUACAUACCACUUCCUUUUUGAAGAGUUGGUCAAACUCACACCCAGGUCCCCGGCCGCCCUCUUGUACCGAGUGUCCCUCUGGGAAGGGAUGGUUUGUCUUGCUCAAUUUGCCCCCGCAACGCCCGUGUCUUCCUCCUGAGCAAGCAGCAUGAGCAUGGCAAAUGAAACAUACCUCUUCAUAAAAGACAUAAAGCCGGGACUGAAAAAUGUAAAUGUCGUCUUUAUUGUGCUGGAGAUCGGGCGUGUUACCAAAACCAAAGAUGGACAUGAAGUCAGGGCAUGCAAAGUAGCUGACAAGACAGGAAGCAUCACCAUCUCCGUGUGGGAUGAGCUUGGCAGCCUCAUCCAGCCAGGUGAUAUUAUUCGGUUGACCAAAGGGUAUGCAUCUCUGUGGAAAGGAUGCCUUACGCUUUAUACUGGAAGGGGAGGUGACCUGCAAAAAAUUGGGGAGUUCUGCAUGGUGUAUUCAGAAGUGCCCAACUUCAGUGAGCCCAAUUCAGAUCACCCUGGGCAGUCGAAUAAAGUGGCACAGGGUGAGCAGACUAAUAAUUCCAUUCCAUCAGCUAAUUCGGGUACUUGUACUUUUGGGCCAACUGGAAAUGGUUUGCCAACUGGACCAGAGCUGAGUGGAUUAUCAACCGCUUACAAUCACGCCCCCACCUAUGCGGGUUCUGGGCGGGUUGGUGGCCGGGGGCCUGCCCCUCCUUUUCUGGCGCCCAUGCUGUCCAAUAAUGUCCGUCCCCUGCAAAGCACAAUAAGUAAUGGGAGGGACCCCCGCAGAGCCUCCAAAAGAUGACCAAACCAAACGCCACCCUGGCCACAUAACCUCUUUAGCCUACUUGAACACUUGCUGCACUUUUAUUUAUGGUUUACUGUGAAAACGCUCAUUCUUUCUGAUCCUCUGCCUUCUCUUGUCUGGAGCGGAAGGCCCUUCUCACUUCUCUGCCCCCCCUUGAUUCAGAAAUUGAGUGAAGCUGCUGAUCAUGCAUCACCCCAGAAGGAAAAUGCGUGAAAGUAUGGAGGCAUGUUUGGAAUUAGAGUUCCUUGUUAAACAUUAGUUGCUGUUUUCCAAAAGAAAACCCAGUUUUGGCUGGAUGGGUAUUUUUAUUUGUGUUUAGUUUGUAUGACGCAGCCUUAAGAUGUUUGUUUAUUUCCCUUCUGCUCCUGGGACCAACACACUUCCCAGUUGGUGGGAGCUUGUGAUGAUUGGGGGGUGGGUAGGGAGAAGUUCCAUCUAACAAGCCAGUUCUCAAUUAAAAAGUUCUAACAGUAAGUGCAGAUGGACUGUCCAAGCUGGUUGACUUGUUAUUUGGUUGGGGUGCCCUCACAGCAAGGGUCAGAUGUCUCUUGUCAAGAAAUGUAUGCUGAUAAGAAUCCAGCUUACAUAAAAUAGAAAUCCCAGAUAUUUAUCAGA